ACACCAACAAAACUCAAAAACAUGAAUAUGAUCAAGAUAAACAAAUUGUCUGAUCCUUGUCCGUUCACCUCCAGCGAAAAGUCCGAGUCAUCAGCCUCCGACGACGCCAGCUCAUCUCAACGAACAUCUCACUCCGACGAGGAGUUUCAGUUAGCGAACCGUCGACCCAAGAAGCGAGCGGGGAGAAGAGUGUUCAAGGAGACACGUCAUCCGACAUAUAGAGGCGUACGUAGGAGGAACAACAAGUGGGUGUGCGAACUGCGCGAGCCCAACAAGAAGUCACGGUUAUGGCUCGGCACGUACCCCACACCCGAAAUGGCCGCACGUGCACACGAUGUGGCUGCAUUGGCGUUCAGAGGGAAGCGCGCUUGCCUUAAUUUUCCCGACUCGGCUUGGAGAUUGCCUGUUCCGGCUACGAUGGAUGGCAAGGACAUUAUACGGGCUGCGACUGAGGCGGCGGAGAUGUUUAGGCCUCGAGAAGAAGUCGAAGAGAUUGUUGAUGUUUGUGAUGAUGAUAGUGAGGAUGUUGCAAAGGAGGUAAUAAUAUUGACAUUGGAUAGUAAAAGUGAAGAGAAUGGGUCGACGUACAUAGAUGAAGAGGCCAUUUUUGACAUGCCUCGGUUGCUUGUGGAUAUGGCUCAAGGUUUGAUACUUUCUCCUCCUACAAUUGUUGGGGAUGGUAUGGAAUAUUGGGACGAAGAGGGAGAUGAUAUUGGUUUGCCAUUGUGGACGUUUUCUUCUUAAUUGAUAUGCUGUCCUAGAUCGAUAGCUAGUCUAACAUUUUGUAAAAACUAAAUCCCGUUUUAGAGUUGGAUAGAUUAUCAGAGAAAUUAGGACCUGUGUUGACCAUGAUAAUAGGUCCAAUGAUUCAUACUAUUCUUUAGCGGAACCAACAUUGGGAACUUGAAUUACUUCAAAUGAAGACAUAUAUAUAGUUCUGUACUUUGGUUUUCCAGUUAAAGUAGUGUUAUAGAAAGAAAACACGUUGACUGAGAGUUUAAUUGGUGAAUUUUUUUUAUAGGCUUGGGAGGUUUCGAGUUGGAUUUCUACUAAGAGUAAUAUCUUUGUGGUCAUAAGUUGGGCUU